AUGAAACAUGUGGUCGUGGGAACAUAUGGGCAAAUCCAGUGCAAAGAAGCGUCAAUUCUCAAUGACGAGGACGAGAUCAGCUUCGACCGCGCUUUUGACUUUAUUCGUUCCGUUAUCCAAGGAACCGUGGAAGAAGGCACGGGGAAGGCCGCUCCGGAUGAUGCUUCCGAGGCCGUUGAACUUUGCUUGAAAGUUAUACGGAAAGCGCAAAAUCGACCGGAAUAG